ACCUGAUCACAUUGGGCGCAACAAUGAUCCCUAUAUCUUCCUCUUGCACUGCUAACAAACAUGAACCACAGAAUAAAGGUGGGGAGCGAAACAUUCAAAUUAAUAUUUAUUGUGACCCCCUUCGGUUGUCAAUUUUAGUGAAUCUAUUGGUUUUUGUGUUUGGACAAUCUCUUUGUGCUUGGGAGGCACCUCGUUGUCUUUCUUAUUGUUACUGUUCCACCUCAGGGAGCCUUCCGACAACGCAAACUUCUCAAAGGGAAGAGCGAGGUGAAACUUUUGGGAUGAGUAUAUAGUUGACAAAGACUACUCUCCAACUUUUAUGCGACCCCGCUGGCCGGUGUCUUAUCUGCCUAACGAUAUCUUGGAUCCUGCCCUGUGACUCAGACAUAAGGGAACAAGGGAGAUUAUAGAGCAUGAAUCAUUCCUGCCUCAGCGCUCUGAGGUGGUUCCUCUUAGUCCUCCUCUUCUCAACCGUGAGCGCCCAUUCUUGGAUUGAGCAGCUGCUGGUCAUCGCAGCAAAUGGGACUUUUGUUGGAGCUCCUGGCUACGCCAGAGGCAAUGUCUUACGCACCGACCCUAGCUUUAACGACAAGACCAUGACCUAUCUUCUCCCGCCAAACGGUCAAGCCAACCAGAGCGUAAUUGAACCUACCGAUAAGUUGUGCAAGAGCACACAGCGAACACAGAACCAAACUGAAGGCAGCCCCCGGCUGCAGGCAAGUGCUGGCGCUGCCAUAGCCCUUCGCUUUCAAGAAAACGGCCAUGUGACAUUACCCUGGAAUCAACCAGGAAAGCCGAAGAACCGAGGGACGGUGUACGUUUACGGAACCACAGAGCCCAAGGAGGACGAGAACUUUGUGGACGUCCACAAGGUAUGGAACCGAAAUGGCACCGGAGGUGAUCGACGCGGCGUCCUCUUGUCGCAACAGAACUUUGAUGACGGCCGAUGCUACCAGAUCAACAAUGGUAAUAUCUCCGAGCAUCGCCAAAAGGCGUUUCCUCACGUGGCGGACCAAACGAUGGGAGCCGACCUGUGGUGUCAACAAGACAUCGCGCUACCGUCCGAUGCACCCUCAGGGAAACUGUAUACACUCUACUGGGUCUGGGACUGGCCCACGGCUCCUGGCGUGGACCCCUCGCUCCCUAACGGCAAGCUGGAAAUGUAUACGACUUGCAUUGAUGUCGAGGUGGUUGACGGCGACAAUUCUACGACUGCUUCGCGUGUUCGGGAGGGAUAUGUGGAGGAUCAGUCCCUUGAUCGAGCAGCCAUUCCGUCCGAGUUUGCCGAGAUCAUGAGUUCUGGCACUAGCAAGGAGGCUGGAAGCAGUCUUGCGCCAUCUUCGUCGACCACUCCGGCUCCAACCUCAACUCCAACUCCGACCCCAGCCCCAACGACGCCCCCUCGGGUCUCCAUUGUAACGACCUUUAUCACGAGUUACGUGACCGUGCAACCCACCGGGGGCUGAGUGGUGGGAAAGACCUGAUUUAGGGUCUUGCUGUUGGUGCAGGAUCCCUUACGUUCACAAUAGCUGGAGAGCUAGAAUGUGUUUUAGUUUGAUACCCCUCCAAUGGAGCCCAGUGGAAGGAUCAGACAGUAGACACAGCCAUCCGCUCAG